AUGACCAACAUUUACUCAGGGCGCUCAGCAAGUGGCAAGGAUCUGUAUCAGGAUAAGAUAUUCGAGAGUAUUAAGCAAAAAUGCCCUGAGCCUGCAGAGCCUGACCACAUGGUCAUCGUGAAAGAAGAGGAAGACAAGAAAACAAUUGCUCUUGGUCGUCCACCUACAAAACCUGAGGCUCAUGAGUUAGGCAAGGUGUUCCGGCCACCAAAUGCCCCUUUCUCAACAUCUCCUAAAUCUGAUCGUGACAAAACUGAAACUAGCGUUCGUGGGUUCAACCUUAAUGAGGUAUCAUGUGCGAUGGAUUCUGAUAGAACAGACAUCACAGUGAAGCCAACUUUCGGUGAUCGAUUGUCGAAUGAAUCGAAUGCGAUUCCAUCUCCCAACAGGCAGCCUUUACCGUGGCAGCUUAAGCAGGGGGCGCCUGCAACUGGUCCAUCAUAUUCAAGGCUUCGCGAGCAGCAGUCGGGCCUGGAUCUUGUAGCUGCUCUGAAGGGAAUUGGGAAAAGGAGUGUUGGGGAUGGUGUUGAUGGCCGGGAUAGAGAAGGGAAGUGA